AUGGCCAAAACUGUCGUCGUUUUAGGAGCAACUGGCAUCCAGGGUGGUUCUGUCGCUGCCAAGUUUCUCUCACUAGGGUGGAAAGCCCGAGGAAUCACUCGAAAUACGUCAUCGCCAUCAACCCAAGCUCUCUCAAAUCAAAGCAUCGAGGCUGUCAGUGCCGACCAAGAUGACCCAACCUCACUUGUCGCAGCUUUCUCUGGCGCGGAAGCAAUCUUCGCUGUCACAAAUUUCUGGGAACCGUUUUACAGAAAGUAUGAAGAGCUUUCCAAGCAGGGAGAUCAGGUUGCCGGUGAAUAUGCGGCUGCCAUUGAGAUUCUUCGAGGCAAAGCAAUUGUUGACGCUGCGGCCAAAAUUUUGCAAGAAGAAGGAAAACUUGAGAGAUUCAUUUGGAGUACCCUGCCCUCCUUCAAGAAGUUGAGUAAUGGAAAAUAUUCCUAUGUGUACCAUUUUGAUGCAAAAGCGGAGGUUGCGACGUAUUUGCAACUCAAAAGAAAGGCAUUACGUCAUGUUUCCUGGCUGAGAAAUCGUGGAGCUGAUACGAUUUUGAAGGAUGAUGGUUCGGGUGAAUAUAUCUACCACAAUGCCAGUCCAAAUAUAGCGGAACAUCCAUUUGUUGUACCAACUGAUGCAGGUUCUUUGGUAGAAUUAUUGGUCCGAAGUCCUCCAAAGCAGGACUUAUUGGGAGUGAGCGAAGCAGCAAGUUUCGCUACCUUUUUUGAGAUCUGGGGACAGGUAACUGGGAGCAAAGUCACUUGCGAAGAAGUCACUGUCGAAGCCCACGAUAGGGCUCGUCCAAGAGGACUUGGAAGAGAAGCAGCAGAGUCCAUGGCUAGUAGUGCGGAAUUUGGGUGGGGAGACCUCGUCUUGCCUAAAGAUAUAAGUUCUAUCCCAUGCGAGAUGAGAGAAAUGUUUGAACUGACGUGUUCAGCUUGA